CACAGAUCCUCCAGUAGCCUGGAGUCCGCCGCUACUUUGACACACGUCCGCGCGCUAUUUUCGAUUUUGACGUUUUCGCUUUUUUUCUCAACGAGCAGUGAGUGCACAGAUUUUAAAGUUAAAACAGAGCAAAGAGAUUUUAUUCAUUAAAAUUGAAUUUUAUAAAUCGCGGUUUAAAAAAUGAGGUCGAAAGAUAUGAUCGGACUAUUUUUUUUAGUUUUUCUGUGUUUCGAAGUUAGAGCUAAAUCGGAGGAGAAAAAUAAUGUCAGUUCUGAGUCGAAAUUCACAUACAAGAACGACGGCCAGUCUUUGCUGUUCGCUGAUGAGUUCAAACAAGUUAUCGAGAGGUACAUGUUCGGCAUCUGUCCGCAGUCGAUGAAGCAGUCGCGUUGGCUUCAGAUGGUGAGCAAGAAGAACGGCUCCUCCACCGUCUGCGACCUCGACGCGGACCAGCGGGACCUGGCCGGCAGACUGGCGACUCUGUCUCUGAGGGCGCACAGCGUGUCCCGGGGUCAGUGUUCUCGUCUGGGGACUGCUCUGGCGGCCGUCCUCGCCGACCUGGCGUCUGUGGCGCAGGAGAGAGACGUCAUAGCUGUCUCGAUAGCAAACGAGAAGAAACGAAAACUGUCCAAGAGUCAAAAGGCGAAGAUCCAGGCGAAGCAGAGAACAGCUCUGGCUGUGAAGAAGAAGGCGGCAGCGGCGGCAGCCGCGGCGGCGGCCAAGAUGGCGGCCUCCUAGAUUAAUAUAAACAACUAUGUUCAUUAAUGAUUACAUUACACAAGCUUCCGGCACCUCACAGAAACUCGAAUCAAAAGCAAAUCACCAAAAAUAUGAAAAUAACUUAUUAAAACAUUAGUUGCCUUUGUUUUUAUUUCAUUAAUCCUAAUUAAUUGUCACUGUUAUUGUUAGAGAAAAAUGUUUUCAGUUUUAAUCAACGCCAUCUACCGGCAAUCGUCGGAAGCGGUCCGCCCUCCCUUACUAAUAUUCUCUCACACAUUUCACGCUAAGGCUUCGUCCGCACUGGCGUCGCACAUUCUGCCAAUGUCAGCGCGUUUUUGUUCAUCUCAAACGAUUUGUUGUUUUUUUAAAAAAGACAUUAACCUUCUUGUCCUUCGCUUCCUCCAGUUCCCGGCGGAGUCCCGUAAUGUGUACUAGUCUUAUGUAUUAUUUAAGAUGUUAAUUUAAGUUACAAUAAUAAACGAUGAUUGAGUAA